CAACUAACGCUCGUGAAUCAUUUGUUCAUUUUUAAUUAUUGAUUUAUUUCUUCUUGCUUUUGCUUCAAGUUGUUUCCUUUUGUUUUUCUUACUUUUCCAUCUUCUGUUGAUUUCUUUUUUCCAAGAAAAUGAAAAAAAAAUGUUGUAAUUAUGGUUUCCAACUGAUAACAGAAUCAAGGAGUUUAUUUUCUUUUUUUUUUUAUAGUUUAAUUUUAGUUUUAAUUUUGGCUUUGGUUUGAAUACUGGCGCUUUAUAUAGCUAUUGCAUGUUCAAAAACUUGGUGGGCUUUGGCUUCUCAAUUCUUUGAAUAUCGAUAAUGUUUCUUUUUUCAAUUUGAAGCUGGAAAAACCUUGAAUGAUAUAUAGUUUGUGAUUGGAGGACAAAUGGGUUUUGUUUUCAUUGAAUUUUGGAGGAGAAUUUAGGGUUUUGAAUUGAGGUUUUAGGGAUUUUUAGCUGGCUAGAUUGAAACAGCUGACAUCUUUUUUUUUUUAUUAAUUAAUUUGGGUUUAGAGAAUUUUGGGUGUAAGGGUUACUUGAUUGCUCUGAAACUUUUUCUCUUUUUUGGGAGUUCAAUAAAGCUGUUGCUUUUCAUACAUCCAAGUUUAGAUGUAAUUGUUAAGGGUCUGAUCUUGAUUGAAAUUUGUAGAUUUGGGAAAUUGAGAGUCAUGAAUUAGGGCCUUUUGGCAAGUUAUACAUUCUGGUUGAUAAGGGAUUACCAUCGUUGGUUGCAUAUGACAGAAGGGUGGUCAAAGGGGUUUUGAGAUUACAUAUACGGGAAUUUUUGAUAUGGAUGACGCUCAGGAGAGCUCAAGUUCACUCCCUCCAUUCCUUGCAAAGACAUAUGAGAUGGUGGAUGAUCCUUCGACAGAUUCUAUUGUGUCCUGGAGUGCAAGUAAUAAAAGUUUCAUUGUAUCGAAUCCACCAGAAUUUGCAAGAGAUUUACUUCCAAGAUACUUCAAGCACAAUAACUUUUCUAGCUUUAUCCGGCAGCUUAAUACAUAUGGUUUCAGGAAAAUUGAUCCCGAACAGUGGGAAUUUGCAAAUGAGGAUUUUAUAAGAGGUCAGCCUCAUCUUUUGAAAAACAUACACAGACGCAAACCAGUACAUAGUCAUUCCGUGCAGAAUCUCCUAGGUCAAGGAGCUUCUCCAUUAACAGAAUCAGAGAGACAGAAUUUAAGGGAUGAGAUUGAUAGACUUAAGACUGAAAAAGAGUCGCUUGUUUUUGAAUUAAAGAGGCAUGAACAGGAGCGGCAAGGAUUUGAGAUGCAAAUGCGGCUUUUGAGGGAGCGGUUGCAAAAUAUGGAACGACAGCAGCAAAUAAUGGUGUCUUCUGUGGCUCGAGUCUUGCAGAAACCAGGACUUCACAAAGAUCUGACACCACAAUUGGAGACUAAUGACAGAAAGAGAAGGUUGCCUAGAAUUGCUUACUUAUAUGAUGAAGCUGGGAUUGAAGAUAAUGAGACUGGCAAUUCCCUAAUUGCUAGAGAAAAUCCAGAUAGCACAUCAUUGCCCAACAUGGAGCCUUUUGAACAAUUAGAGUCAUCCAUGGUGUUUUGGGAGAAUGUGGCACACAGUUUUGUUCAAACUAACAUUCAACUUAAUUCAAACCUAGAAUUGGAUGAAUCAACAAGUUGUGCUGAAAGCCCAGCUAUAUCUUGCAUACAACUUAAUGCUGAUGCUCAACCCAAAUCCCCUGGGAUUGACAUGAACUCUGAGCCUGCCAUUGCUGUUGCUUCGGAGCCUGUUACAGGAAAGGAACAAUCUGCAGGAACCACUGCACCUGCGACAACUGGAGUUAAUGAUGUUUUUUGGGAACAAUUUUUGACUGAAAAUCCUGGUUCAAUUGAUACUGAGGAAGUUCAGUCAGAAAGAAAAGAUUCUGAUGCCAGAAAGAAUGAAAGCAAACCUGGUGAUCAUGGCAGCUUUUGGUGGGGUUUUGGUUCAGAAUCAAUGCUCAUUCGCUUGAAUGUGGAAAGCCAUGCAGUGGGGAGCACACGAGAAAGUGAAGGAAGGCGAGACGAGAAUGAGGAUGAAGAAGGUUUUUUUCUUCCCCACUUCAUCAUUAAACACCCGAAGAAAUUCAAGAAGCCUGUUUUUUGGGACGUGAGUUAUUUGAUUUGUUAAGGUUUAUAAGGUACAAAGAAGAAGAAGCUGAUAAGAAAACUGAAUUUGAUGAUAGUGGAGGGUUCUAGCAGUUAGGGGACAGUUAAGACUGUUAAAUAGGAAAGUGGGUUUCUUACUGGUUUAAUGCCAGUUUUUGUUGGUUUUUUUUUUCAAAAGAAAGGCCCGCCCUUAAUCCCGUGACCACUUCGCCAACUUUUUCCCCUUUAUGGUUUGUUCUUGGAGAGAAAUCAAUUCUCAGUAGGGGGCCCUCUUGGUCCCUCCCAGAGGGAACAAACCAAGUUCAUUUACAAGAACUACCUAAAGCAAUGUGUUCCUUCAACUCGAUAUCACAAAUUUAGUACCUGCAAUGCCAACAGUUACUAGGGCUUUAAUAUGGAUGCAGGUUUGUGUACAAGGAAAAUUGGCAUUCCUUCUUGGGUUUUUGUGAUUUGGGUAGUUCUUCUUUUUAAUUUUCAAUGUAACAAUCUGAUAUUGUUAUGGUCUUUGAUGAUUUAAGGGAUUCAACUCUUUAAUCUUUUUCCUCACUUUUGUAAGCAAAAUUCGGUGGGUUGUUCCCUCUUUAGCUUUUAGCCUUUAUUUUUGCUACCAAAUGGC